AAGCAAAUUAAUUGUAGCCCCGCCGAGAUAUUAAUUUUUGAAAAUUGAAAAAAGCACGAUAUAUAAGAGACGUUAAAACUGAUUGGCGAGCUAGGGUAUUUUUUUUUAAUGUAUUUUAAAUAUAAAAAAAAAAAUCUCAAGCAAACAAAAAAAUAGCUAAAAGGGUUAAAAAAAUUAUUAAAAAUUAAAUUGAAUUGUCGAGCAAUGCAGGGGCUGAGCGGCAUGGGGAUUACAGAGGGGCGCGAAAAUAAUAGAGUAGUGGGAAGUUUUUAUCUUUUUUCUCUCUAUAGUUUUCCUCUUCUAAUAUAAACUCCAAGCUGACUGCCAAACUCCCCACCACUCUAUUGUUUUCGCGCCGCUCUGUAAUCCCCAUACCGCUCAGCCCCUGCAUUGCUCUAUAAUUCAAAUUUUAUGAUUUAAUUUUUAAUAAUUUUUUUAACCCUUUUAGCUAUUUUUUUUUUGCUUGAGAUUUUUUUUUAAUAUUUAAAAUACAUUAAAAAAAAAAUACCCUGGCUCGCCAAUCAGUUUUAACGUCUCUUAUAUAUCGUGUUUUUUUCAAUUUUCAAAAAUUAAUAUCUCGGCGGGGCUACAAUUAAUUUGCUUGAGAGUUUAAAAUUAAGUUAAUAUAAUAAAAUUAAAAGUAUUUAAACAAAAAAUUAUGUAAUUAUGAGGAGUCUGAAUAAUCGAUUUUUUACCUGGCUCACCUGUGGACGGGCGACCAAAAAACUGCUUGAGGGUACGUGCAACGUGUUCUAGGUCCCAAGGACUACCAUUUGACAAGUUCUUUUCGUAUACGGUUGAGUCUAGUUUUUUUGCCAUCAGCUUACCGUCUUAGAUAUCUUUGACGAUUUUACUUGUUUACCAAAGAAAGAUUGUACAUUUUUAAGUUACAUUUAUAAUUUAUGUACAUAAUAUGUAUCUAUGAAGAUUUCAAAAUAAAAUGGUUACAAAAUUUUUAGUAAACAUUACCAGAAACUGCUUCCAAUGAAUUUCUAGAAAACACUACCAGAAAGUGUUUUCCGUAAAUUUCUGGAAAUUUAUCAGUAACACAGAACCGGUAAUAUGUGGUGGUCAUCUGGGUAGUUUGAAGUGGUUUAAACAUACAUACAUAUAUGAUUAUUCGUAACUAACACCUUGUAUCGAUUCAACAAUGGAAUACCUGUCCUUUUUGUAUCAGGAUAAAAAAAUUAAUUUUAAAUUAGUAGUUAACUAUUUGGCGCAUAAAUCUAUUGUUUCUUUUUUAUAGUCUGAAAAUUUGAGUGCGUAAUGGAUAAAUCACAUAACUAUCGUGUCAAUUUAACAAAGUGGUUACCUUCUUUAAGUCUUGAGCUUGAAUUAUGUUUUGAAGAAAUUUUGGUGAUGUGUCAUGUUGUAGAUGAAUUUGUCCAAAACAUAGUCAUUCUAGUGGGAAACAUAAAAGUACUUGAUAAGAAACCAUAUGAAAAGAUAAUGCUAUUAGAUCAGGAAAUCAAUAAGGUGGAAGAUUUUAUAACAGCAUUCAAUUCAGUCUCGUUAAAGAAAUUAUAUCUUGUUUUUACCAAUAAAAUAUACAAACAAAAAAUUUACAAUUUGUCAUUAAAAAUCGUACGAGCAUUAAGAGUUAUGUCGAAAUUUUGUCGAAAUUUGAUAUUUACUAUUGUAGAUCAUGACUCUGAAAGAGAUAAAAAGUCCUUGAUAAUAAUUUUAAGAGUUGUAAUUAGUCACAAAUUUCAAUAAAACACAGUGGAUUAUAAAUAGAGAAGAGAAUUUAUUUGACGUUAUACGAAAGAAGGAG